CGGCGGCGGCGGCGCGGGCGGCCGGCGGCCCAGAGGCAGGGGCGCGGGCCCGAGCGCUAGCGCCAUGUCCUGCUCCAUCGGCCAGCCCGACGGCGGUGGGAGCACGGGCGGCGGCGGGCUUGGGGCGGCGGCGGGCGGGGACCCCAGCCCGGGUUCCCCGCCGCCGCCCGCGCCCGAGGCCGCUGAGGAGGCCUCUCCCGCGCCCCGGCCGCCGCCCGAGCCCGACGACGCGGCCGCCGCGCUGCGCCUGGCUCUGAACCAGCUCUCGGUGCUGGGUCUGGGGGGCGCGGGCGACCAGGACGAAGAGGGGGCUGCCGCGGGCGGCGGGGAUGGCGCGGCGGCUGCUCGGGGCGUGGACGGUGGGGCCACAGCAGAGCCUACGCCCCCCGACGGACCGGAGGUGGGCGCGCCCGUGGUGGCCGUGGCCCCCGGCCCGCUGCCACUGCUGGAGCCCAACGUGAGCCCCCCACCGCCGCCGCCCCGGCCGUCCCCGCCCGAUGUAUUCGCGGGCUUCGCGCCCCACCCCGCAGCCCUGGGCCCCCCGACGCUGCUGGCUGAGCAGAUGAGCGUGAUUGGCAGCCGCAAGAAGAGCGUGAAUAUGACCGAAUGCGUGCCCGUACCCAGCUCCGAGCACGUCGCGGAGAUCGUGGGUCGCCAGGGGUGCAAGAUCAAGGCUCUGCGCGCGAAGACAAACACCUACAUCAAGACCCCGGUGCGUGGGGAGGAGCCUGUCUUCAUUGUGACCGGCCGCCAGGAGGACGUGGAGAUGGCCAAGCGUGAAAUCCUGUCUGCUGCGGAGCACUUUUCUGUGAUUCGUGCUACACGCAGCAAGGCGGGUGGGCUGCCUGGCACUGGGCAAGGCCCACCCAACCUGCCAGGACAGACCACCAUCCAAGUGCGGGUGCCCUACCGCGUGGUGGGGCUGGUAGUAGGGCCCAAGGGUGCUACCAUCAAGCGCAUCCAGCAGCGGACGCACACCUACAUCGUGACGCCCGGACGGGACAAGGAGCCGGUGUUCGCGGUGACGGGCAUGCCCGAGAACGUCGACCGGGCCCGCGAGGAGAUCGAGGCUCACAUCACGCUGCGCACCGGCGCCUUCACCGACGCCGGCCCCGACAGUGACUUCCAUGCCAAUGGCACGGACGUCUGCCUGGACCUGCUCGGGGCCGCUGCAGGCCUCUGGGCCAAGGCCCCCAACCCUGGGCGGCGGCCCCCUUUGCCCACCACCAGCCUCCGUGGGGACAGUACCCUGGGCGCCCCAGGGGGGCCCGAGGCCUUCUACCCAGGCAGCCGUGGGGGACCACCAGUGCCAGACACGGGCCCCGCCAGCCCCUAUGGUGGCUCGGGCAAUGGGGGCUUCACCUUCGGUGGGGAUGGCCCGGGGGCCCCCACAGGUCCACCUGCCCCCGAGGACUGCGAUUUUGGCUUUGACUUCCUGGCACUGGACUUGACAGUGCCCGCGGCAGCCACCAUCUGGGCCCCGUUUGAGCGCACUGCGCCCAUGCCGGCCUUCAGCAGCUGCUCUGCAGUCAAUGGAGCCCCUGUGCCGCCCGCCCCCGGUGUCCGGCGCAGCAGCGGGGCUGGCACCCCGCGACACUCCCCCACGCUGCCUGACCCUGGUGGCCUGGGCCUGGAGCUCCCAAUGGCCCGCCGAGGGCCCCCUGACCCAGUGGGUGCCCUGCCCUGGCGGCCCCCACAGGGCUCCCUGUCAUCUUUCUCGAGUAGCAGCAGCUUCUCCACGGCCACCUCACUGCCCAGCAGCUCCUCAGCCUCCUCGUGCUCCCCGCUGGACUCAAGCACCUCGGAAAGCAGCCGCAAGCCCUCAGCCACAGCAUCCUCGGGGCCUGGAGCGCCUGUGGCCUCCACUGCCCCUGGCCCGGCGCUGGUGCGGGAGUGCGUGGUGUGCGCCGAGGGCGAGGUGAUGGCUGCGCUGGUGCCCUGCGGCCACAACCUCUUCUGCAUGGACUGUGCUGUGCGCAUCUGCGGCAAGAGUGAGCCUGAGUGCCCCGCCUGCCGCACGCCUGCCACCCAGGCCAUUCGCAUGGAGACGGCGACCCAGCAGCCCAGUGACACCUCAGUUCUUAACAAAUAGCAGUAUUGAGUUGACAGGUUAAAAUAAACCAGAGAGAAAAGGUCUGUUGCACUUUUUAUUUGAGACACACCUCCACCCCGGGGUGAUCUUUUUAAGGAAAAAAGAAAAAGAUUUUUACAACAAUCGGUUGUCCUUUUCUAUGAAGUAGAUUUCUGAUCUGACAGUGUUGUUUUUGUGUGGUCUUAGCCUCUGCAGAAAGUUCCACCUGGAAGAUGGUGACAUUUUUACUCCCUUUUCACUCCCUUUUUGGGGCUAACUGGUCACCCUUUUGUAGCUCAGCCCCACAAAGGCCGACGGGGGGUUGGCGCAAGAAGCAUCCCAACCAGAAAUUUUUAACUUUUUUUAAUUUUUGAUUAUUAAUCCCCUUCUGCUGUGGUUUAUGUUGUCCGUUUUUAAAUUUUUUUAAAUUGUUUUUUUUUUAACUUUUACUUUUUACCUCUUGUGUAUAUGUAGCAAAUUUAUAGGGAAAUAUGUACUUUAUGGAAUAAAUUUUAAGAACUAAAAUAUAUUUUAUUUUAAAGUAACGGACCUUUAAUCUUACGCAGCUAAAUUACUGAUUAUAUAUUUGCUGAGCUGACUUAAGGGUUCAGAAAAUUGUAUCAAGAGUUUUAUUUUUUGACUCCAAAGCCUUCUUAAUAAAGUCUUUUUAUGACAUGCGA